CUGGAAGGUAAAUUUUGCCUAUCGCAGGAGUCCAUCAAUGUUUUACACAAAAGAGUGACUGGAUGCGGUUUUCGGAUUGAGAAGAAUGAGAUCUUCACGUCACUUCUGGCUGCCAGGAAUUAUGUUGAACAGAAUAAGUUACGUCCCAUGCUCAUUUUGGCCAAGGAAGCUAUGGAAGAUUUUCAAGGUGUUGAUACAUCCAAUCCUAAUGCCGUUGUUAUCGGUUUGGCUCCAGCAGAAUUUCACUUCGAAAAACUGAAUGAUGCGUUUAAACUAGUACUGGAUGGUAUGCUUUCAGUUUGGUUUUUCUGCGGAAAGUACCUGGGAUGUGCCCAGUUGUCCCUGUCAGCGCCGGAACAGCGUCGUGCUAAUGCUGCAGCCAUCCCGAUGAUAUUUUGA